CCUUAAUGAAAUUGCAAAGUGUUGGAGGAGAGUGCAGCAAGGAGACAAAGUAUGUUCGAGCAGCAUGUUUGCCGGAUGUUGAGUUACCUCUCAACUCAGCGUGUUACAUUUCAGGAUGGGGUGUAACUGAAGCAGGGAACGGUUCACAAUAUUUAUUGGAAGCAUCUGUAAAACUAAUCUCUCAACGAAGCUGCAAUAGUGCAACAUCUUAUGCUGGCGUCAUUGAUGACACCAUGAUCUGUGCAGGAAAUUUAGAAGGAGGAGUAGAUAGUUGCCAGGGUGAUUCUGGAGGACCACUGACUUGUGUGAAAGAUGGACUUUACCAGGUCUAUGGAGUAGUGAGCUGGGGCGAUCGCUGUGGAAUGAAAAAUAAACCUGGUGUUUAUGCCCAUGUCAUGACUUUCCUUAGCUGGAUUCAAGGAAUAAUAAGCUAAUGACUAAUUUUACAACAAGGAAAUUAAAUUCAAUAUGCUUAACACUCAUUUACACAAUUCAGAGGAAGGACUUACAUUAUUCUCAAAUAAAAUGUCUACAGGUUGCAUUACUUAAUUUGCCUUUUAAUUGUUUAAAAAUUAUUAUUGCUUAAGUACAUUAAAUGCAUGGUGUAUCUCACAAAGAAUAUCUUGUAAACAAAACAUUGUUAAACCACAGGGAGGUAUGUUAUAAAAGCAUCUCAGUAGGUAAUUGGUGAUAAUAAUUCUAAAGUGAAAAUAAUAAAACUUCCCACUUACAUAAGACAGAGGAAAGGAUAAAAGAAAAAUUUACACCUUACUCCAUGGUGAUUUUGAAAGGGCAAAGAAGUUGCUUAUUAUGUUUUUAAUAAACUGAAGCAGAUUAA